CGCGCUUGCAAGUGUCGGAUCGUACACCUGCGUCUUAACAGCAGCAAGCGACACAAUCAUGAGCGCCCUUAGUGCCAUAGCGCAAGCGAAAGAGCUUGCAGCCGCAAACAGCGAGAAAGAUAAAAACUCGUCUGCAAGAAGCGCCGACUCAAGCGGCCCCAAAGCCAGUGAUAGAAAGAAGAAGCGGGGGAAACGGAAGAAAGCAGUAGCAAUACCUAAGGACAUGGUUCUCAAUGCGAAAGGCGAGCUUGUGUCAGGAAGAGAAUUUGCUUUGGAGCAGACAUUAGAAGCUACAAGUAAAUCCCUGACUCAAUAUCGGGAUCGAAUGGAUGGGCUAGUUAGCACGAACGAAACCCUACAAGAGAUAUGUCAGCAGCAAGAAAAGGAUGCGUUGGAAGUCAUUGCAGCGCUCCAUCGCGAGAAUGAAAAGCGCGAAGGACAGAUCAAAGAUCUUCGAGGCCAGAUAGAGGCGGCGAUUGAGAAGUCACAUGAAGACCGGGAAAAUCUUGUUGACGAGUAUGAGCAAAGAAUAUCUGAGCUGAACGUACUGUUGACCGAGAAGGAAGCGGCUUUCAAUGUAAUGCAGCAGGAAUUUUCCGUAAUAAAAGAUUUCCGAAAAAAGCGGCAUGAACUCCUGAAAGAACUUGAAGAACAGAAGCUGCAAUUGGCCGAUACUGAGCGUCGACAUAAGGACACAGUUGCACGAAUGGAGCGCAAAUUCUUCGAGGAAAAGAUCCGUCUUCAAAAGGAAGCCAACCGGAAAAUCAGCGAGCUUGCUACAAAGGCCCACAAGGAGGCAGUAGCCAACCUCAAGGAGACCACGAAGGAGGUCUUUAGGCAAAACAUCCGAAUGGCGGAGGCACUUCGGUAUCAUGUUCAGGAAGGAGAGGAUCUAGGGAAAACCAAUAGUCGAUUGUCUAACGUCAAUAAGCAGUUGCUGGAAGAAAAGGACUUCCAUGAUGUGAUUGUAAAGGAGAAGAUCUUGCAGACGAAACAGCAAACCAAAGAAAUAAAAGAUUUGCAUUUAAAAAUUCAAAGCAUGGAACAUUCGCUAUCUCAUGUAGUUCGAGAGUUCGAGCAUGAACGAGAGAUGAUUCGCAACUUAGCGCGAAAUGAGCUAGAUGAAGUGAGAAGGGUGGCUGGUAAGCUCAAAGAGAGUUUAGAUCGCAAAACUCUGGAGAUGAGGCAUAUAAAGCGCUUAGCGCAGCAUAUCCUUGACCAACGAACGGACCUGGAACGUUUCUUCAUGGACGCGCUUGAGCAUGUACGUGCAGAAAUACGGCGAGACCGAGAUGCGGCCAGGAAGGCCGCACAGGCUGAAUACAACCGCAGGCUUAAGGCGAUCUUGACAAGUAAAGCAGUCACUUCACCCAUUCAAUCAUCGCGACCCGUUCCGACCACGUCCGUAGUAAUGCCAGCACAAAUACCGAUACCGAUAGGAGGUCCCCCAUCUGUCUCGGAGAAAGAUGAGGCGCGUGGAUCACCCCCACUAGAUCCUAAUGUCAAAGUGGACAUUAGCGAUCUUUCGUGGGUUGACAAAGAAAAAAUACUCAGGCUCCUUUUUGCACGGAUGAACGGAAUUUCGCUAGUUGGUAAAGGCGGUGGAGAGUAUGCCGACACCGAGGACAGUGCGCAAAUGCCACCGACCAAGAUUGAUUCGGACGCGGAGUUCUACGCUCUCCGUUCAACUUUUGAAGGACGAGAAGUAGAUAUAGAUGAUGAUUAAGGAUGUUCAAUACGAGUAUCAUAUGAGUAAACAGG